AUGGCGUCUAAUUUCUUUCUUCCCUUUUCAUGUAUCCUCUUUCUUGCUUCCAUUAUACUAGCUGUUCAUUGGCAUCUUCAGGACCCUCAUUUACGACCAAACGAGUCAUCGGGUAAGGGCGACACAGUGAAGAGCAUUCGUGACGUCAAACUCUAUCUUGCUCAUUUCGGAUACCUAAACUACCAAAAGAACCUUAAUCUCACAGAUAUUGAAGACGAUGAUUUGGAUGAGGAGCUUGAGGUAGCCAUCAAGUCGUACCAGGUCUAUUACCAUCUGAAUGUCACAGGGACGCUUGAUAAGCCAACGAUGUCCCAGAUGAUGAUGCCUCGAUGUGGGUGCCCUGAUAAAGUAAUUCACGAGCGCACCUAUAACUCUUUACACCCCCAUUACACAUUCUAUCCACGAACACCAAAAUGGCCCCAUGGUCAGCUAACUUAUGGUUUUGGACCAAGUUUCCCAACCCAAUUCAUGCCUGCUGUUGAUCGAGCUUUUGGAAAAUGGGCUACUGCUUCUUCUAGAUACUUCACGUUUUCAAGAGCAGGAAGUUAUCAAGGUGCUGACCUAAAGAUUAGUUUUGAACGUGGAGACCAUGGUGAUGGGUAUCCAUUUAACGGAUCUGGUGAAGUGUUGGCCCAUGCAUUUCCACCUACAGAUGGAAGACUCCAUUUUGAUGCGGAUGAAAAUUGGGUGAUUGGAGCAGUAGAAGAUGCUUUCGAUUUGGAGACCGUGGCUUUACAUGAAAUAGGGCACCUUCUAGGGCUUGGUCAUAGCCAGUUUCAAACAGCGAUAAUGUGGUCUAGUUUCAGCACUGGGGUCACGAAAGGUUUGACCUCGGAUGACAUUCAAGGGCUCCGUGCUUUAUAUGGUGUGAACUCCGACGACACUCAAGGCCUCGGUGCUCAAUAUGGCCUUAUUACUCGAUAUGGUCUUAUUACAAAGUUCUCAUGGGGAGACAAUUAG